UCCUCUUUGCCUCGUAUGACCCGUUCGUCCUGAUCAACAUGGCAGGAGCUCUCUCUCUCUGCAUCACCUACAUGCUCAUCGAAAUCAAUAACUAUAACGCGGUGGACACAGCGUCGGCGGUCGCCAUCGCUCUCAUGACGUUCGGCACCAUGUAUCCGAUGAGCGUUUACAGCGGCAAAGUGCUGCUGCAGACGACGCCCUCACACGUUAUCGGCCAGCUGGACAAACUGCUCAGAGAGGUGUCGACUCUGGACGGAGUUCUGGAAGUUAGAAACGAACAUUUCUGGACCGUCGGCUUCGGUUCUCUGGCCGGCUCCGCCCACGUCCGUAUCCGCCGUGACGCCAACGAGCAGCUGGUCCUCGCUCACGUCACCAACCGUCUCCUUCCUCUCGUCUCCACGCUGACCGUCCAGAUCUUCAAAGACGACUGGACCCGACCUCUACUAACCGGUGCCAUCACUUCCUCUUCCUCUUCCUCUUCCUCUUCCUCUUCCUCUGCUCCUCCUGCUGCUGAAGCCUACGCCGCUGCUCUCUCCUCUUCCUCCUCUCUUCCUCCUCUGCUAACCGGAGCAGAUUUGGACCCGCUGACUUCCACCCCGUCCAAACUCAGCAGUCCUCCUCCCGAGUUCUCCUUCGACACUCCGGGCAGGAACGCUCCGCCGGUGGUACUUCCUGCUCCGGGUCAGCACCCGGCUCACCGGGUACCGUACGGAGGCCUGGGACUCCCGUACGGAGCGUCCCCCUACGCCGGGAUGCUGAGUCAGGGCUUGAGGCCGGCCGGCGGGUUCGGACUCGGCGUGCAGAGUUUAGGAGGCGGAGGCGGAUAUGGACUCGCUGCUGCUUCCUCUUCCUCUUCCUCUUCCUCUCAGAGCUACAGGACUUCCUUCGGAGGGGCGGCGGCGGCGACGGCACCGCUGAGGUUUGGAACCGGCAACCAUCUGCAGUCCCAGCAGUCCCAGCAGUCCCAGUACAGACAGUACCGACCCUGAUGGGGGAGGGGAACCGGGACAGAACUCUU